AUGGUUGCAGGGCUGUACAACGAUCUUCAGACAACUGAAAAGAAGUCAAAGAAGACUGAUGUUGGGUCUUCGGGUACGAAGGUUACGACAUCAAAGAGUACGAAGCAGGUUCCUGUGAUCGAACCUAAGCCAAUUCAGUCGAAGCCUAUUAUUCCUGAUACCCAGGUAUCUCAUCAAGGGGUGAUUUUUAGAGAAAUACCUACCCCUGCUUCUCCUUCUUCGAAAAACCAAUUGGCUGCUGAUAUGGCAAAACAACUAUCAAAGAAGAAAAAGAGAAGGGUGAUUCUUACCUCAGAAUCUACUGCAGAAGAGGGUGAAACUGUUCCUGAGACACUUGAGACGGUUUUGAUUAAAUAUUCUUCUCGUGUGGAUACAUCGGUUAUUACACCUCCCGAAGUUUCGAUUGCCAAGACAGUUACUGUGGAGGCUCGAAUUUCAGGCAUCCCUAUAAACAUAACUGAUAUGGAUACAAAUGUCAUCAUGGGUGAGGACGAUUCGAAUAAAGCAACAAAAGGUAACCCUUCGAAUGUGGUUUCAGAUUCUUUCAUUUCUUUACCUUCACAGAUUGCCCCUAUCAUUCCUAUAACAUCCACAAUAGAUUCUCCAACUUUUUCAAACAUUAUUUCACAACCUUUUACCACUUAUUUUCCUUCACAAUAA